GUUUCAAGGUGUUGUAAGAAUUAUGUCUUUGUCAUCACAAACACCGUCUCUACAGUGUAUAUUUAUGCGAACUACUUCACAUGCUUCAGUGCCUUACACUGAGGAGUGCUCUCUUCUCCUGUGUAAGCGAGAAACCGAAGAAAGUCUGGAGAUUGAAACCGAGACCAGUAUGAUGUCUGAGAUAACGGAGAGUUUUGACUGCAAUGAAUUGUUAUGUAAACCUCAACAAGAAACAUCGCGAGUUUUAUCGCCUAAACGGAAUCAUUUAAGGUUCAGAGGGGAAGAAGAAUAUUCAGAAGAUUCUCUUAACCUUUCUGAAGAGUCUUUGCUUUCAUUACACUACAGUAGUGUUUUUGAAGAUAACAGGAAUGAAUCCAACUUCUCAGCUUGGCUAUUCAAUCUAGAUCAAGAAACAGAAGAACAUUAUUUUAGUAUGACAAGAAUAGAGCUGAGAGAGGUACACUUACGACAGAAGAUGUCAUUGCAGAAAACAGAGGAAGCUUUGAAUGCCAAUUAUAUGGCCUAUCGACCUUUACUUUUGGAGUGGAUUUGUGAUGUUUGCAUGGAACUUGAGUUGACUCCUGAGACAUUACAUACUGCAGUAUAUCUUUUAGACUCAUUUAUGUUCAAACAGAAGCUUGGUUAUCCAUUUCUUCAAGUCCUUUCAUGCGCUUGCAUUCUCGUUGCAGGGAAGCAAGAAGAAAGAGAAGAAAAUGUUCCCGGUGCAGAAGAAUUGGUAUAUCUUUGUCGACAAUCCUUUUCAUGUGAAACUCUAGUAACCAUGGAAAAGAUACUUUUGGAAGUUUUAGAAUGGAACAUCUUAACCUGCAAUGUGAUUCAUUUUAUUCGGUUCUUUCUUUUCCAAUGGUGCCAACAAUGCAAUGAUAAGUUACAGAAAUCGACAUACGGUAUAAAGUCGCAAGCGAUAGGAGAACUUGCUCUGUAUCUUGCCAAUCGAGCCAUGAUUGACAAGAAUUGUUUUCUUUGCUCGCCAUCUUGUCUUGCAGCAGCAUCCGUUUACUGUGUGCUCUUCGGUUUGUUUGGAGAACCAUUCGUAGAGGAUGCCUGUAGUCUUCAUAUAUUAUGGACGGACGACAACAAUUUCUUUGGUGAAUAUAUAUCAAAGCAAGUCGAGCUAUUUCAACCUUGGUUUGUUGAGAAACAACUUUCUCAGACUGCGACCACUCCCAUUCGUUUGUGUUCUCCUACUUCUAUACAGGAAAUGUUGUCUUUUAAUCAUGGUGGCCAUUGUACGAGUUUUUGUUAAGAACAAGGGAAAACUUAGUUUUUAUAAGAGCCACAUGUCAAAAAUUGAAUUGUC